AGUAAUAAUCCUUGGUUUAAUCCUCCGUAGGUGGGGGGAGCGCACAAAGACUGUAGGGGUAAAAAAAAAGGAAAGGAAGUUGACACAAGUAUACGUCAGAUGUAAAUACUAUAAACAAGUGCGAGAACACAGUACAAGUAUGGGGAACACGGAUACAAAACUUAAUUUUCGCAAAGCUGUUGUACAACUUACCUCCAAAACACAGCCAAUUGACGCAGGAGAUGACAGUUUCUGGGAUCAGUUUUGGUCGGAAAAUGUGACAAACGUGCAGGAUGUGUUUACAUUAGUUCCUGCACCAGAAAUUCGAGCUUUGCGCGAAGAAGCGCCAUCGAAUUUGGCGACACUAUGUUAUAAAGCGGUUGAGAAAUUGGUUAAAGCCGUGGAUAACAGCUGUCGUACACAGCAUGAACAACAAACUGUUCUCAAUUGUGUCCGUCUUCUGACACGUGUACUGCCUUAUAUAUUUGAAGACCCUGACUGGCGUGGAUUCUUUUGGUCUAGUUUGCCUGGGCAGGCUCAAGGGGAAGAGGAAGACCAGGCUAUGCCACUGGCGCAGUCCUUAAUAAGUGCGAUCUGCGAUCUGCUGUUUUGCCCUGAUUUUACUGUGGCCUCCAAUAGAAAGUCGGGUCCGGACAAAGCUGAGGACUUACAGGCAAUUGAUAGUUGUGAAUAUAUAUGGGAAGCAGGUGUAGGUUUUGCUCAGUCACCUCCACAUCAUCCUCAUUUAGAAGCAAACAGGACUGAACUUUUGAAACUGCUUUUAACUUGCUUCAGUGAAACUAUGUACCAGCCACCAGUUGAUAUACAUACUGCACCAAAUAGAUGGAUUCAGUACUUCACAAGUGCUGAGAAUCGGCAUGCUUUACCACUGUUUACUUCUCUGUUGAACACUGUAUGUGCAUAUGAUCCAGUGGGUCUUGGUGUUCCUUACAACCAUUUACUUUUCUCUGAUUCUAUGGAACCUUUAGUAGAUACAGCCUUGCAGAUAUUGAUAGUAACUUUAGAUCAUGAUACAACCAGCAGUGCCCCUGAAGGAGAAGAGGUUCCUGUACCAGACAAUCUUUUUAUAAAUUAUCUGUCAAGAAUCCACAGAGAUGAAGAUUUUCAUUUCGUUCUCCAUGGAUUUACCAGACUUCUUAACAAUCCUCUGGUACAAACAUACUUACCCAACUCAACAAAAAAAGUGCAAUUUCAUCAAGAGCUUCUGGUCUUUUUUUGGAAAAUGUGUGACUACAACAAGAAAUUCCUAUACUAUGUUUUGAAGAGCAGUGAUGUUCUUGAAAUUUUGGUGCCAAUUCUCUAUCAUCUCAAUGAUUCAAGGGCUGAUCAAUCUCGUGUGGGCCUGAUGCACAUUGGAGUAUUUAUAUUGCUCCUGCUCAGUGGAGAGAGAAAUUUUGGUGUCCGUCUAAACAAACCUUACACUGCCACAAUACCAAUGGAUAUACCUGUGUUUACUGGAACACAUGCAGAUCUCUUAAUCAUUGUUUUUCACAAGAUUAUUACUACUGGACAUCAGCGUUUGCAGCCUUUAUUUGACUGUCUUCUGACGAUCCUUGUUAAUGUGUCACCAUAUUUGAAAACCCUUUCUAUGGUUGCAAGCACAAAACUGUUACAUUUGUUGGAAGCAUUUAGUACUCCAUGGUUCCUAUUUUCAUCUCCAACAAAUCACCAUUUAGUUUUCUUUUUACUUGAAAUCUUUAAUAACAUCAUACAGUACCAGUUCGACGGGAACUCCAAUCUUGUGUACACAAUUAUUCGCAAGAGGCAAGUUUUCCAUGCAUUGGCCAAUCUUCCAUCAGAUUAUGGGACUAUUUCAAAGUCCCUCAGUAAAAGAACUCGCCGUCACCUACCGAGCACGUCAUCUGCCGAGAAUGUAAAGGAUCUUCCUAGUAUGGAGGGAUCGCAUCCAGCAUUGCCUGCUGAACCUGGAACACUUAAGGCAACACUUCCAGACACACCAGGUAUUGAUAAAAUGACUGAGAAAGAAUCCGCUCACCCAUCAGUGCAACAACUGUGUGACUUAAGUGCUGCAGCAGCUGUUAAUGGAAUUAUGCCAAAUGAGCCUCUGCAGACUGCAGGGUCUAAGCCAGCUAGCCAGCAGGGAGGUACCACUGAUAGUAUGAGACAGGUAGAUGGUGAGGAGCAGCCACCACGACCAAAAAGUGUGCCAGCAACACCCAGUUCUCCCACAGCUACAGUGCAUUCUGCAACUAUGUCGCACUCCAUGCGUAAAGUAUCAGAUUCAUCGGUGUCAAAUGUGAGUUUACAGAGGUCUGCCUCUCAGCGACAAAGCAUCCGGCUGACAGAAGCACACUCUCUUGUCCAGGGGAGUGUUGGAGGUCAGUGGAUACCCACAGCUGAGUGGGUAAAUUCUUGGAAGUGUAAACUUCCUUUGCAAACAAUAAUGAGGCUGCUUCAAGUCUUGGUACCUCAGGUUGAGAAGAUAUGUAUUGACAAGGGACUGACAGAUGAAAGUGAGAUCCUAAAAUUUCUGCAGCAUGGCACCCUGGUAGGCCUACUUCCAGUUCCACAUCCAAUUCUUAUUCGAAAAUAUCAAGCAAACACAGGAACUACUACAUGGUUUCGUACUUAUAUGUGGGGUGUUAUUUAUCUACGGAAUGUGGAUCCACCAAUAUGGUAUGACACAGAUGUUAAAUUAUUUGAAAUUCAGCGAGUUUAAGUUUCCACAUUUAUUUUAAUAUACCUGAUAAUUAUAACCAAAAAAAGGCUGAAUAUUUCAAAUUAAAGUUUGUAGAACAGAAGAUAAUUGAAAUAUUUCUAUUUGAUAGUAGAUACAAGAAGAAUAUUUAUUUAUUAUGAAAAAUAACAGUUGUCUGUAGUACACAGAGCUGAACUAUUAAUUUGUGCCACUGUACAGUGCAGGUACAGUGAACUAUUUUUGAGAGUUACCGUUCAUUUGAUGCCACUGUUAUCACAGAUGUUUUUGCCACAUGUCUUGUGAAAUCUUUGAUACAUUUGUGUUGUACUCAUUUAUAUUUUCCCCAACUGGAUGUCAUACUUUUUUCACUACUUCACAAUGCACUGCAAGAGUAUUGUUUCUAUACUUAAUGCUUUUUUGAAGAAAUUGUACACAUAUGACAUAAUUAGUUCAGUAACAUCUCAAAAUAUUGAUUUAAUGCUUCUUAUAUUAGUAUUUAUUUAUUUUUUACUUGUAUCACUGCCAUGUAUCAUUUGAUUUGCGAAAGAGGGGCAAGGGGAAACCAUAGCACAGUAUACCCGAUAUUGUUGGUGCUGAAGAGUGCCAAAUGAUAGUGCAGUCCUUGGUUACAUUGCAUAUCAAAGUGCUUUAUACUAUUAUUGGUCUUUCCUCUGUCUGUUGUUCUGUAUUGACAGUGAUAUCUAUGUGUUAAGAUGUCCAUUUUAUUAAUGUGGUAUGUAACAGUUUAUGUAAGGUAUUUAUGAUACACCUGCAUUUCAUAAGUAGUGAGUAUCUAGUCAAAACAUGUUGCGGAAGACCC